GUGGCAGCUCCGCCUGCCAGACCGGGCGGAGCCGCCGCCCCCUGCGCUCGCGGCCUGUGGAGGCCAGGACUCGGCCCACUCGGCCCGGAGACCCCGAGGCGCCCCGGGGUUCCGGGGAGGAGGCCUUUGGGCACCCUUGGUUCCUGGGGUCGGCGGGGAGGCUGCGUUCUGGGGACGGGGGAGCUGUGCAGUAAACCGGUGGCCCUGGUCACGCGGCGGGGGCGCUGAUGCAGCCUUGGAGGGCUGGGUCCUCCUGGCCUGCUCCUACGCCCUGCAGAUCGGCCUGCCCAUCGCUCCCCUCUUCCAGCCUAUGAUUUUUUUUUUCUCCAGCCUCUGUCGAAAUAAAGAAAAUUACAGAAGCAGAACCUUCCUUACAGUAACGUGCAGAUCUGUGGUUUUUCUACUUGAAGGACACAAUGUUUUCCAAACUAGCACAUUUGCAGAGGUUUGCUGUACUUAGUCACGGAGUUCAUUCUUCAGUGGCUUCUGCUACAUCUGUCGCAACUAAAAAAACAGUCCAAGGCCCUCCAACCUCUGAUGACAUUUUUGAAAGAGAAUAUAAGUAUGGUGCACACAACUACCAUCCUUUACCUGUAGCCCUGGAGAGAGGAAAAGGUAUUUACUUAUGGGAUGUAGAAGGCAGAAAAUAUUUUGACUUCCUGAGUUCUUACAGUGCUGUCAACCAAGGGCAUUGUCACCCCAAGAUUGUGAAUGCUCUGAAGAGUCAAGUGGACAAAUUGACCUUAACAUCUAGAGCUUUCUAUAAUAACGUACUUGGUGAAUAUGAGGAGUAUAUUACUAAACUUUUCAACUACCACAAAGUUCUUCCUAUGAAUACAGGAGUGGAGGCUGGAGAGACUGCCUGUAAACUAGCUCGUAAGUGGGGCUAUACCGUGAAGGGCAUUCAGAAAUACAAAGCAAAGAUUAUUUUUGCAGCUGGAAACUUCUGGGGUAGGACGUUGUCUGCUAUCUCCAGUUCCACAGACCCAACCAGUUAUGAUGGUUUUGGACCAUUUAUGCCAGGAUUCGACAUCAUUCCCUAUAAUGAUCUGCCUGCACUGGAGCGUGCUCUUCAGGAUCCAAAUGUGGCUGCGUUCAUGGUAGAACCAAUUCAGGGUGAAGCAGGCGUUGUUGUUCCGGAUCCAGGCUACCUAAUGGGAGUGCGAGAGCUCUGCACCAGGCACCAGGUUCUGUUUAUUGCUGAUGAAAUACAGACAGGAUUGGCCAGAACUGGUAGAUGGCUGGCUGUUGAUUAUGAAAAUGUCAGACCUGAUAUAGUCCUCCUUGGAAAGGCCCUUUCUGGGGGCUUAUACCCUGUGUCUGCAGUGCUGUGUGAUGAUGACAUAAUGCUGACCAUUAAGCCAGGGGAGCAUGGGUCCACAUAUGGUGGCAAUCCACUAGGCUGCCGAGUGGCCAUCGCAGCCCUUGAGGUUUUAGAAGAAGAAAACCUUGCUGAAAAUGCAGACAAAUUGGGCCUUAUCUUGAGAAAUGAACUCAUGAAGCUACCUUCUGAUGUUGUAACUGCCAUAAGAGGAAAAGGAUUAUUAAACGCUAUUGUCAUUAAAGAAACCAAAGAUUGUGAUGCUUGGAAGGUGUGUCUACGACUUCGAGAUAAUGGACUUCUGGCCAAGCCAACCCAUGGCGACAUUAUCAGGUUGUCGCCUCCGCUGGUGAUCAAGGAGGAUGAGCUUCGAGAGUCCAUUGAAAUUAUUAACAAGACCAUCUUGUCUUUCUGAGGGUAGCCAGCUGUUUUCAGUGGUCCCUGGGAGCCAGCUGGAGACAGGUGGUCCUGUAAAAGCUUUGUUCCUAAUGCGGGCACAUUCCACUCCCAUGAGUCUUCAAAAACUUUUUUUUUGAAUAUAUUUUUUUCAGUUGAUACAUGAUAGAACAACGUUUAUGAACCUGCCGUUUGCUUUGUAACGUAACUAAGAUAAUGUAAUGGCAUCUAUAUUCAGUUGAAGUGUUUUGAUGUGCAUGUGUACUUCCUAAGGUGAAAUGCAUCUAUAUACAGGCAGCCUCUAAAUCAAGUCCUUCAGUAUAAUUGAUAUGUGUUUUUAUAAUUUCCUCACUGGUAUAAGUGUUUCAUAUUUGAAAAAGUUAUCUCUGGGUAUUGCAUAAAAGGCUUCAUCUUAUAAAGUGAAAUCGUUAUUGAAUUUUAGGAAGGAUUAAUGGUUAAGUGUAUAUAAAAUACUAAUAUUAAGUAAACUUCAUAUUGGCCAACACCAGGGUUGUAUUCUAUGGAUGUCAUUAUUUUGAAUUAAGAAUUAGUGUUUAACAUUCCUAAAUUGUUUUGAGUGCUUGAUUAUAAUUUGUAAAAAAUGUUUAUUUUCAAUAUUUCUUUAAAUUUAAAAUAAAGCUUAUAUUUCAAA